AGGACUAAUCGACUCAAAAUCUUUGCAUUAGUUCUAUUCAGACUAUUCUUCUGUCAGUGAAAAUAUACGUUGAAUUUGAUUAGCAGCAAACAUGUAAUCUUAGAUUACCUAUCUUGUCAUUUUACGCAAGAUUGAUUGCAUAAGUAGGUAUGUGCUCGUUAUCGGGAUGGCUUACGAAAAAGGGCAAAUUGUCAGGAAAGUGGAAACGGCGGUGGUUUACCUUGGCGGAAAAUGAAUUGCUGUAUGGUGAUUCUAAACAGAGUACACCCAAGAGAAUACCACUCGAGGAAGCCACCAUAAAAGACGCAUCAGCAGAGGGGAAGAAUUUAUGUUUUUCGUUGAAACCAAGAGACCAGAGUAGGACUUAUUAUCUUCGGGUGGAUACGCGCGAGGAACUGGACGCGUGGAUGCAGGCGAUAUGCGUGGCAAAGAUUUCCGAGAGGCAUGGAGAUUCUCAAGCCUGCAGCAUCCAGUGACCGUUAUCCUCCGUCACCUGUCCCUCAUGAGCCUCUAUUCAGGGAUAGUUUUAUUUGUAUUUUGUCGCACAACUUCUUAGAGGCCGAUGUACACAUGUGCCUGUUCAGACGUAUCUCUACAGAAGAUCCCACAUUGUCAGUGCAUUUAGUUUCAGCUAUAACAGAGGUUUUCAGAUGAUACCCUUGUGAGUUGGCUUCAUGUGUAAAUGUAGUUUUGCUUUUUGCACAGAAUGGCAUAUCGACGAAUCAAGCUUCAUAUCUCAUUGAGCAUGUGGUGGCAUUUCACUCGUAUGUUGGCACGUGUUACGUGUAUAAGAACUCCGUCCAGAUUAAUAUAGUUAUUUAUGUGUUUAUACUUAUUUAGUCAGCAUGUUGGCUGACCAUAUGAUGGUGUAUAUAUAUUUUAUGAUAUUUUAUUAUUUUUAUGAUGUAUAGUAUUUUAUUUAUAUAAUUUCUCUUAUUAAGACUUCAUAUAUGUUUUACAGUAGGCCAAUAUGGGACCAGCCAAGUUUUUAACCUAAAGACCACCCACACUCAAAGGUAUAUAAGGUCAAGGUCUUGCUAAGAAUUGAUGUAUUAUAUAUGUGUAUAAUGUGGCACUCAACAGUUGGUUUAAAAACCACCAGCAAGACAAAUACUGUGCAAAUGUUAUUAUAAUUGACGUGCAAAUUAUGUUGUGAAGUAGAACAGGAACAUCGUUGAAAUGCAUGGAACAUAGCGGUGAUACUGCAAUAUUUUGUCUGUGCAUAAAUACGUUUUUAAAUCCA